AUGACUAACACAUCCUCUGAGUUCAAGAAAAAGAUGAACGGCUUUGUGAUGGACAAAGUCCCCCCCGAGGGAAUGGACACCUUCACUGAUAUCAGCAACCUUCCAACCACUGUAGACUGGCGCAAAAAGGGAUGGGUUACUGGAGUGAAAAAUCAGCUUCAAUGCGGUUCGUGUUGGGCCUUCAGUGCCACCGGUGCUCUGGAAGGUCAGACUUUCAAUAGGACCGGUAAACUACCCAGCAUCAGCGAGCAAAACCUGGUGGACUGCGCCAGGAAACUCUCGUAUGAUUGCAACGGCUGCGAAGGGGGCACCAUGAACGGUGCUUUCCAAUACGUCCAUGACAACAAUGGAAUCGAUUCCGAAUCAUCCUACCCAUAUAAAGCACGAGAUGGGAAAUGCCGCUUCAAUCCAGCUAACGUAGUGGCCACCGAUAAGACACACGUUCUGCUGCCCGCCAAAGAUGAGAAGGCGCUGCAAAAGGCCGUAGCAACCAUUGGACCAAUUAGCGUUGCCAUUGACGCCAGUCACAUGUCCUUUCAGUUGUACAACAACGGUGUCUACAGUGAGCCUCAAUGCAGCCAGACUGUCCUCGACCACGGCGUGCUGGCAGUCGGUUAUGGCGUGGAGGAGGGCAAAGACUACUGGCUGGUCAAGAACAGUUGGGGCAAAAAGUGGGGUAUGAAGGGGUACAUCAUGAUGUCUCGCUUCGAGAACAACCAGUGUGGUAUCGCGACCAAUGCAAGCUACCCACUUGUCUAAAGGACUCCAGGUCAGACAUGCGUCCGUGAAGACAUUCCAAGACAAUGAAACCAUCUCGUUUUAUAAAUUGGACAUGACUGAAUCAAUAUCAAUUAGCAGUAUUAAAGUUGACCAAAUAUUUUGAAUAGCCACGGAACCCAUCCGAAUAAAAUCCCAAAUUGUGCUAGCUGGUAAACUAUGCCCAUGGCGCAAUAUAGCCCUCAGUAGAGCAACGUACGUGCCGAAUUAAUCCUUUACACAAAAUACCUAUCACGUGCCUCAGUCAUUACAUAGUAUCGAAUAGCAUCGAAUAAUCUCCAAAACAUUUAAAUUUACUGCAGACUGAUUUCAAUCAGAUCAGACAUAAAUUCUUUGGAUUGAAAUCCCUUUCUUUAAGCAAAAUCCUUUUUAAGUUUUCGAAUUCUUUUUAGUUGCAUAAUUUGCCAAAUCUAAGGUCAAAGUUAUUCCGUAUUUGUUUUUUUUACUUGCUCAGGUUGUUCAUGUUUUUC